AUGCUGUCGCAGAGAUCACCAAUAGGGCUAACGAGCAUCAACCGAAGAGCUUCCCCCGCAACAACGCCCAUCACCUCCUCCCUCCUCCCUCUCCCACCAUCCCCGUUCCUAGCGUCCCUCCGUCCACGUUUCGUCAGCUACGGACGAGAAUACCAACCGAGCACAAUCAAGAGGAAGAGGCGGCAUGGGUUUCUGAAGCGGUUGAGGACGCUGGGUGGAAGGAUGAUACUUAAGCGGCGGAUGUUGAAGGGCAGGAAGAAUCUGUCGUAUUGA